AGGAUAGUGGUUUUUCGCAAACAGUAUUAGGGUUUCGGAUUCUCUGUUUUACUUCGCUGACACUAUACCUUCUUUUUCAAAUCGAGAAAGAUUCGAUUUAGAUGUGAAUGAUAGAGUAUUAAAGUUGCGUGCUUUGCUUCAAUUUUGAGGGAGAAUCGAAUCGAGCUUCGUCGUUGCAGUGUGAAAUCGAUGAUCGUCGUCUGCACCAAUAAAUGGACCCUUCUUCAGUGCAAUCCACUCCUUCCAUCCAAGAUGACGAGUGGGACACUGAAGGAUAUGUAAUUCCAAGCUUGGAACUUGAAGAUCCUGGCCAAAAUAGUACUAGUAAUUUUGUUGAAGUUGAAGAGUCAACGACAACUCCAGCUGAGUCCACGAAAGAGGAGAAUAUAUACCUUGGACCUCACGGCGCUCCUCCUUCACAAUCAAAGCAACAAGAGCUCAAUCCGGCUAAUAAUCGCAAGCAGAAGUUAAGACAGAAACUGAAGGAAGCUGACAGAAGAUACAGUGGAAGUGGUCGCGAGAAUAAGGUCGAACACCUGAGAGAGCUUGUGGGUGGAAAAAUGCCGACAGGAUCAAAGGGCUCCCAGAGAGAGUGGCUUGACCCUCAUUGCGAUGAGAAUAUGUUUGAAAGGAGGCGUCUUUAGCGGAUCUGUUGUAUAAAUACAUCCAUAAGUUUUCACAUACUCUGAGGAAAAUCCCUCCCCCUUUCAACCUUCAGUAAGUUUUCCUUUCAGAGGGGGGAGAGAAAGCUUUGACAGAAGAUUUAUGUAUUUGAAAUAAUUCCCCUGUUCAACCUAUGUUGGGGGGCUAAUAUCAUCAGUCUUCUGGCUGUGCUCUUGUUCAUCUCUC